AGAGAGAGAGAGAGAGAGAGAGAGAGAGAGAGAGAUUAUCAGCGUUUAAUAUUUAUGGCAGAUUAAUCAUUUAAAACACGGUUGGCUAAACGCAAACCAGGUAAGGACUUUGAAAAACCGCUUCCGCAAUCGUAACGUUUGACGUCAACGUCAGGGGAGAGAACAACAUCUGAUGAAAGGCUGCCUGCAGCCAGCAGCAGUAAAGUGAACCGAGACACGGACUACUAGCGCCACUGAGAACACCUUCGACCCGACACGUCGGUUUCCCCUAGAAGUCCCAGCGGACCCGAACCGCCUUCGGGAUGACAGGUUCGUGGAGCACCGAAGGGUCAAGCGCAUGAUGACAUCCAUUCCCAACGCGACCAGCCGCCGGGGCUAACAUCCCUUAGCCGCUAACGGUCUCGGCACCGAGCUGCCCUGCUAGCCGGUGGCCGUCACUAACCUUGGUAGGCAUCAGAAGAAGACUAUUCAUAGAAACAUGUCCCCGGUCAUUCAAAUACGCCCAUUCGUGUUACCGUCCCAUUGCGUUACUUGCCUUGUAGUAGGCCUACAUGGUCAUCAGUCUCAUCUUGAAUCGUAGUUUGGGCUCACUCUGCUAGCGGAGGUAACGUUACACCAAGUGGGAACGAGAGCUUGUCACAGCCUUAAAACAACUCGAACCAGAACAAGAAAUGACCAGUGAAUCAGGGACAUCCGUGCCGUGUGAAGCCAAACCACCUCCCUCCUCCGGUCGCCCACGCCUCAACCACUCCGAGUCGGAACCAGACCUCGGGCCGAACCCCAAGACCUUCACGCGGCUGUGCAGCCGGGACGAGGAGGACCGAGCCGCGGCGCUCGAUGAGCUGACCCAGGCGGUGCUCGCGCGGUUAGGGCUGGACCGGCCCGGUUCCGAGCGCCUGUGCGCGUCGACUCUCCUGCAUCUGCUACGGUUGUCUCGGUCGUGUCCGCUGUCCGAGGUCCGAGAGAGGGCAGCCAAACUGCUUCGCACUGCACAGGAGCGAGGAGUUGAAGUACCACGGGCUCUAACUUCAGGUUCAAGUGCAUUUAUCCCAGCUAAAGAGAUGCAGAAGGAGGGGAUCGAACAGGAUGUGCUGCUCGAUGCCUUCUUCUCGCUGGGACGUCUGGACAACAUCACCAUGGCGAUGGGGCUGCACCCAGCCUACCUCAGCUGCUUCCUGAGGACUCAGCACGCUCUGCUGGAUCUGGACGGGCCCCUUCCAAGUCUCUGGAGACACUAUAUCGUCAUCAUGGCAGCGGCGAGGCACCAGUGCUCCUACCUGGUCCAGCAGCACAGCGCGGCCUACCUGGAGGCGGGCGGGGACGAGAGCUGGCUGGGCGGCGUGCAGCAGGCCCCCGCCAAGCUGCGCAGCCUGCAGGGCCUCAACAAGCUGCUGGCUCACAGGCCCUGGCUCAUCACACAGCAGCACAUACAGGAGCUGGUGUGUCCGGGGGCGGAGUCUCGCUGGUCAUUGGCUGAACUGAUCCAUGCGGUGAUUCUCAUGGCGCACGCCCAUUCGCUGUCCUCCUUCGUGUGGGGCUGCGGGGUGAACCCUGAGCCUGACCACACAGGAGGCCACGCCUUCAGCCCUCCGUCGCCCAAUCACCUGCCCUGCGGCCCCCAUAGCCCCGCCCACGAGGACGGCAGGCAAGAGCUGACGGACGGCGUGAUGGAGGUGGAGGUGCUGAUGAAGAGGAUGGCUGAGCUCCAGGAGCAGGAGGAGGAGUGCACCCAGGAGGAGAUGCUCACACGCUUUGAGCGGGAACGCAGCGAGAGCAUCCCCACCGCGGUGGUGCGGGGAGCCCCUCCGGAGGUGGUGCUCCGCCUGGUGGAGGACCCAGAGUUCAGUUAUGAGGACUUUGCCCCCCGGGGAGAGCAGGCCCCGCCAACCAUGAGGGCACAGGACUACUCCUGGGAGGACCAUGGCUACUCCCUGGUGAACCGGCUCCUUCCAGACAUGGGACAGUUGCUGGACGAGAAGUUCCAGGUGGUGAGCAACCUGACCUACCACAGGAUGGCCAUGCAUGAGGGCGUGGACACCUACACCCUGAGGAAAGCCCUGUGGAACUACAUCCACUGCCUCUACGGCAUACGCUACGAUGACUACGACUACGGCGGCGUCAACGUGCUGCUGGAGCGCUCCCUGAAGGUGUUCGUCAAGACGGUGGCCUGUCACCCCGAGCAGACCACCGCGCGCAUCUACCACGCCUUCUGGAGGCACUUCAAGCACUCUGAGAAGGUUCAUGCCAACCUGAUUGUCAUGGAGGCUCGACUUCAGGCUGCGCUUCUCUACACUUUGCGAGCCAUCACACAUUACAUGAGAUGACACACACACACACACACACACACACACACACACACACACACACACACACACACACACACACACACACACACGCACACGCACACGCAUGCUGAUCCUGAGCCAGUGAGACGAUUUAAGGCUUGUCCCAUCAUCAUCACACACACACACACACACACACACACACACACACACACACACACACACACACACACACACACACACACACACACACACACACACACACACACACACACACACACACACACACACACACACACACACACACACACACACACACACUGCAGUGGUGUGUCUGGUUUUUGAACAUCUUCUUUUGUCCAUGUAUAUCAUGGUUUUGCGUUAUUGCUGCUUUCUACCUGUGAAUCAUUUUUGGAUAUUUAAAGAGAAAAUCUGCCUUGUUAAGCUUGUUUUGCACUGAAAUAAUUAAGGCUAAGUUUCUUGGCGUGAGCCUCAAGUAUUUAGCUGAAUACCCUACCUGCAAUGAACGUACGUGCACAUCUUUUUACACACUGGCACACCCCAGGAAGACUCACUCAGUGACCACUUCGUUAGUAGCCUCGUUUGACUUAAUGUCAACUCUAAUCCUUUUGUCAAUCCUCCUCCAAACACCCAUUCACACAACGUUUCCACCAGAGGUGCAAACGUUUUUUAACACUAUACUCUUCCAACUCAAGAGGUCGAGAACAAGACAUAGCUACUCAAAUCCACGGACAAAGUACUUUAAAUAAAUGUCACUAUGUUCAGUCUGAAUGUGAAAAGAAACCGAACCAUCCGAUCCGACCAUAUCACGGCAUGCUCUGAUGCUCUGUGUUCCUUGCCAUCUGAUUGGCUGAAUGUGUAUUUGCUUUAUUGAACUGUUACCCAACGAAGUGGCCACUGAGUACACGCACACGCGCGCGCGCACACACACAGACACACACACACACACACACACACACACACACACACACACACACACACGUGUGUAUGCAUAUAUACAUACACACAAUCACACAGUGACGUACAAACCUGCACAUGUAUCGAUGCAUAUCUGGGGUGCCUGGGCCCAGCUGCAUGUGGAGGGAGGCCCACCAGACCAUCCAUUUCAAAGUGUUUCUAUCUCGGCACUGUUGUUGUUUGUUGGAGAUAACUGCGGUUUAACUGUUUUGACCGAGGGCCGCUCUCCUCCUGCAGGAGAUAAAUCAGUAGAUGCAUCAUCAUUGACCCCCUUGCUCAGUUGAGAAAAGAAAAAAAAAAAACUUGUAUUUUUAUAAACAAUAAAAGCUACUUUGGUAUCAAAAAAAACA